AGUGUGACAGACAACACAGAACACACCGAGGGGAGCCUGAACGCAGCAGCAUUACUACAAGUGUGACAGACAACACAGAACACACCGAGGGGAGCCUGAACGCAGCAGCAUUACUACAAGUGUGACAGAACACAGCAGACCACGCGCUCCAAUGAGAAGAGCUGGUGCCUCCCUGAUUAAAAGCCCUGACUCUACUGCACACACCAAGCCCAGAGAAGUAUGACUGCCUUCAACUCGCCCAGAGACAAAUACAAUGGCGUGUGGAUCAUUUUUUUUAUCCUGGGCUUGGGAACCCUCUUGCCAUGGAACUUCUUCAUGACGGCCACCAUGUACUUCACCAGUCGGCUGAAGGACUCCCCCACAGAGUUCAACCAGACGGCCAACCAGACCAACGUUGGCCUGGACACGCGUAACGUCCUGGAGUCCAAAUUCAACAACGUGAUGACGCUGUGCGCCAUGGUGCCUCUGCUCAUCUUCACCUGCCUCAACUCCUUCAUCCACCAGAGGAUCCCUCAGAAGCUGCGCAUCUCUGGCAGCCUGACGGUCAUCCUGGUGGUCUUCCUGCUGACGGCCCUGCUGGUGAAGGUGGAUGUGACCCCGCUGGCCUUCUUCACGCUCACCAUGAUCAAGAUCAUCUUCAUCAACUCGUUCGGGGCCAUCCUCCAAGGCAGCUUGUUUGGUGUGGCAGGGAUUCUCCCCGCCUCCUACACCACACCCUUCAUGAGCGGCCAGGGUCUCGCUGGCACCUUUGCUGCCUUCUCCAUGAUCUGUGCCCUGGCCACUGGGUCGGCCCUGCGGGACAGCGCCUUUGGCUACUUCAUCACCGCCUGCUUUGUCAUUCUCAUGGCCAUCAUCUCCUACCUCACCCUGCCCAGGCUGGAGUUCUUCCAGUACUGCAUGGAGAGCAGCAGAUCCAGACCAUCUGGGGACGAGGACAACAAGAUGGAUCUUCUCAAAAAAGAGAGUCAAGACGAGAGGCAAGCGGUGGUCAGUCUGAUGGCGGACGACAGCAAAUCUUCCGUGUCUGUGCCGAGAAUCUUCAAGAAGAUCUGGGUCAUGGCUCUGUCUGUGUGCUUCAUCUUCACCAUCACCAUCGGAAUGUUCCCGGCCGUGGCCGUCGAUGUCAAGUCGACGGUGGCCAACGGAGGAGGAUGGGACACCUACUUCAUACCUGUUUCCUGUUUCCUGCUCUUCAACCUGAUGGACUGGGCUGGCAGGAGUCUGACCGCAUUGGUCAUGUGGCCCAACAAGGACAGCAAGUGGCUGCCCACCCUGGUGGUGGUGCGGGUGGUGUUUGUGCCGCUCUUCAUGCUGUGUAACGUCCAUCCUCGCCACUUCCUGCCCGUGCUGUUUGCUCACGACGCUUGGUACAUCGUCUUCAUCGUCCUCUUCGCCUUCUCCAACGGCUACCUGGCCUCUCUCUGCAUGUGCUUCGGACCCAAGAACUGGAUGGAUCAGAUAAGCAACAGGGCUGUUCAAUACAGAAAGUCGCACAACACGAGGCGGAGACGGCGGGCGCCAUCAUGGCCUUCUUCCUGUCGCUGGGCUUGGCACUGGGAGCCGCCAUCUCCUUUCUGUUCAGGGCCAUCAUCUAGCUAGUGAAGACUGGACACCACUCAGCCUUCCACCAUUGUUACCAUGGCAACACCUUUCUGACAGAAUGCAAGGCAACAUGAUUGACAUCUUGCUAUUUAUAAGAUGUCACAUUCUUCAUACUUUUGUUCAUGCGGUUCAAAAGUUGACACGUUUUAUAUUUUUAACACCAACAGAAAUUUUCAAAGAACUAUUAGGGCCCAAACAUGUACAUAAUAUGACAAAGUAUGUGUAUACUAUUAGGGCCCAAACAUGUACAUUAUAUGACAAAGUAUGUGUAUACUAUUAGGGCCCAAACAUGUACAUUAUAUGACAAAGUAUGUGUAUACUAUUAGGGCCCAAACAUGUACAUAAUAUGACAAAGUAUGUGUAUACUAUUAGGGCCCAAACAUGUACGUAAUAUGACAAAGUAUGUGUAUACUACUUUUACGCCCAUGAUGCUUUUACUCAAGUUACUGAACUGUUAAAGUUGCUGCCAUUUCUCAAGUGUUUAGUAUAUCUGCACAAAAACUCUACAGCUAAGUUUAUUUUUGUAUCAUUGAGAAGAUCUUUUACUCUUUUGGUUUGCCUGUUUGUAGUCCAUUUGCUAUUCAGAGUUCUUCAGGUACGAGUCUUACUCACAAGUCAAUUCCCCUCGAGGAUUGGCAAAGUAUUUCUGAUUCUGUGUACGUUCCU